CUCCGUGCCCCGCGCCCGGCGGCAGGCUUGGCGCCAUGGCGUCGCCCUUCAGCGGGGUGUUGCAGCUGACGGACCUGGAUGACUUCAUCGGGCCGUCCCAGGACUGCAUCAAGCCCGUGAAGGUGGACAGGCGGCCCGGAAGCGAAGUGGCCAAGAUCCACAUCGAGGACGACGGGAGUUACUUCCAGGACGGAGGGACCCAGAGGCUGGAGAAGGCAAAGAUCUCGCUGGAUGACUGCCUGGCAUGCAGUGGCUGUGUCACCUCGGCGGAGACCGUGCUCAUCACUCAGCAAAGCCACGAGGAGCUGCGGAAGGUCCUAGAUGCCAACAAGACGGCAGCCCCGGGGCAGCAGAGGCUGGUUGUGGUUUCUGUCUCGCCCCAAUCCAGAGCUUCGCUGGCUGCAAGAUUUCAGCUGAGCCCUACGGACACUGCCAGGAAGCUGACCGCAUUCUUCAAGAAGAUCGGUGUGCACUAUGUGUUUGAUACCGCCUUCUCGAGGAACUUCAGUCUCCUGGAGAGCCAGCGCGAGUUUGUGCAGCGGUUCCGAGAACAGGCCAACUCCACGCAGGCCUUGCCUGUGCUCACGUCCGUCUGCCCAGGCUGGAUCUGCUAUGCUGAGAAGACGCACGGGAACUUCCUCAUCCCUUACCUCAGCACUGCCCGGUCCCCACAGCAGGUCAUGGGCUCCCUGGUCAAGGACUUCUUUGCCCAGCAGCAGCAUUUGACCCCCGACAGGAUCUACCAUGUGACGGUAAUGCCGUGCUAUGACAAAAAGCUGGAAGCUUCCAGACCAGACUUUUUCAACCAGGAGCACCAGACGCGUGACGUGGAUUGUGUCGUCACCACAGGAGAAGUGUUCAAGUUGCUGGAGGAAGAAGGGGUGUCACUCUCAGAACUGGAGCCAGCCCCCCUGGACAGCCUGUGCAGCAGCGUGUCUGCCCAAGAACCCAGCAGCCAUCGGGGUGGGGGCUCCGGGGGCUACCUGGAGCACGUGUUCCAGCAUGCAGCCCGGGAGCUCUUUGGAAUCCACGUGGAUGAGGUCACCUACAGACCCCUGAGGAACAAGGACUUCCAGGAGGUGACCCUGGAGAAGGAGGGCCGCGUCCUGCUGCACUUUGCCGCAGCCUACGGCUUCCGCAACAUCCAGAAUUUGGUGCAGAAGCUCAAGCGAGGGCGCUGCCCGUACCAUUACGUGGAGGUCAUGGCCUGCCCCGCAGGCUGCUUGAACGGCGGAGGCCAGCUCAAGGCCCCCGACGUGCCCAGCAAGGAGCUUCUCCAGCAGGUUGAGAUGCUGUACGGCAUGGUUAGGACGGAGGUGCCAGAGGACGUGCCUGGCGUCCAGGAACUGUAUAGGAGCUGGCUGCAGGGUGAAGGCUCAGAGCAGGCUGGCCGCCUGCUGCACACAAGCUACCAUGCGGUGGAGAAGGCCAGCUCCGGCCUCAGCAUCAGGUGGUAGGAGGCCUCCUCACAGGUCUGCUGGGCCUACCACAGCCAGUCCUGGGACCCCAGGGAUCGCCCCCAAAACACCGAGUGGCAGGGAUGUGUUGAAACCCACACAGAAACAGGACUUGGACCCAUAGCCAGUGAAGGUGACCUCAAGCCUGCACUCACCCAGACUCCCCAUGGCAGGAGGCCCGAGGUUCCCCAAGGUCCCAGAACCUCCCCGUGGGCCCAAGUCUGUGAGCAGUGUCCUCGUGAGGGCCUGUCUUGUGAGCAGCUUAAGGGAGAGCUGGGACCCCUCCCCAUGUCUGGAGUCACCCCCCUGAAGCAGGGUUGGCCAGGCUAGUCAAGCUCCUUGCCCAGGGUGAGGAGCCCUCCUGCACUGGUCAGCAGUGGACGCUGGCAGGAGAGGAGCACCCAGCCCACAGCACCUGUGCUGGGGAUGGAGUACCUGCCCCACCUGGAACUGGGUGUUGAGGACGCUGUGGCUUCUGGGACCUGAGAACUUGCGUUUCUGGGCAGUGUUCCAGGUGGGAAGCAGGUUCUGUUGAUCAGGCAGGAAGUCCCGUCCCACAGCUGGGCCCCCCCGACCGGGUGGGGGAGAGGACAGAUUGCGCUGAGCCCGCCAGGCCUGUCACCACAGAGCUCCAAAUCUAAUAAAGGGAUCUCUCUGAAAACGG